AUGGCUGAGAUCCGCCGAAAACUCGUCAUCGUCGGUGACGGUGCUUGCGGAAAGACCUGCUUGCUCAUUGUCUUCUCCAAGGGCACCUUCCCCGAGGUGUACGUCCCCACCGUCUUCGAGAACUAUGUCGCCGACGUCGAGGUUGAUGGCAAGCACGUCGAGCUCGCCCUUUGGGAUACGGCUGGCCAGGAAGACUACGACCGCCUGCGUCCCCUGUCUUAUCCCGACUCCCACGUCAUCCUGAUCUGCUUCGCUGUCGACUCCCCCGACUCGCUCGACAACGUCCAGGAGAAGUGGAUCUCCGAGGUCAUGCACUUCUGCCAGGGCCUGCCCAUCAUCCUUGUUGGUUGCAAGAAGGAUCUCCGUUACGACGCCAAGACCAUCGAGGAGCUCCGCAAGACAAGCCAGAAGCCCGUCUCUCCCGAGGAGGGUGAGGAUGUCCGCAAGAAGAUUGGUGCCUACAAGUACCUCGAGUGUUCCGCCAAGACCAGCGAGGGUGUCAAGGAGAUCUUUGAGCACGCCACCCGUGCUGCUCUCCUGUCUCGCACCCGCAAGGAGAAGAGGAAGUGCCUGAUUCUCUAA